AUGACCACUCACACCUUCUCCUCAUCAUCAUGUAAUUCACCAUACUUUAAUGACAUGACCAACAACAACAACAACAAUAACCAUACACGACAUGCUUCGGAACAACAAGAACCAUCGACUUGUUGCAAUAACGGUGAAGCCACUCAUUACUCCAACAACACCCUCACAACAAGGCCAACCAUUAUUAUGGAUGACUCCUCCUCGCCGUAUGCUGAAUCAACAACAACAACCACACCGUCGUCGUCAAUGGAAGCACUUUCCUCUCACUCCUCCACAUCAUCCUCUCAUUAUAAUCACUAUUCCAUCAACUUUUUUAAUCUUCCUUUGAAAAACUCUUGCAUACCCACCGUCUGGCACAAGCCUCUUCAAUGGCAAGCCUCCAUCAUAUUAUUUACAGUCUAUAGCGGAUAUGUCCUUCAAACCAUAUAUACUUUUAAAAAACAAGGAGAACAGGAAUAUGAGAGUACCUUUUGGGUAUUCAUCAUUGGUGUUCUCACAAUACUCGUGAACAGUGGAAGGCUUAUUCGGAUGGAAAAAGCAGAAAAUACAUUAGAAUCUAAGGUGAUUAUUCUGUUCAAUAUUUUGAGCUUUUCCAUUCGAUUUUAUGUGUUGAAAACGAAUCGUGGAAUACUUUUAUCGAAUGCUUUAGCAACUGUAGCUGUAAUGAGUAAGAAUACAGCUCAUUCCAAGGCUGAAGGAGCAUUUUGGGCUGCUUUUCCUGUCGCAGCCAUUUCAAUGCAUUACAUCAUGUUAGCUCUGUAUGAAAUGUUGACCAUUGAAUUGAAACAUUUCGAUAUGAUUUUGGACAUUCUUUUUGAGCACAUACCUUCUGUUUUUACAGUCAUCAUUUUUGGAACAUUUAUUAUAUUUGGAAAUGUUCAACUCUCAAGUGAAUGUGAUCAAUUACAAGAGACAACAGAAAAAUUAAAAACAGCUCUUGAUGCCAAAACCAAGUUUGUGAGUCAUUUGAGCCAUGAAUUUAGAACACCAACUCUAUCAAGUCUUGGAUCUAUUGAACUCAUUAAGGAAACCAAUUUAACAAAAGAACAACGAGAGUUAAUUGAUACGAUUGAAUCUGCUGAGAGUAUUUUAUUAACAUUGAUUGAAGAUAUUUUACUCUUUGUCAAGACUGAACAUGAAAGUAAAAACGAAUCCAAAUUGGAUCAAACAGAUGUCACGACUUACACUCAAGUAUUUAAUUUAGAAAAAUGUAUUGAGAGUGUUCGAGAAAUUAUUUCAAGUUAUGCGAGCAAAUUUCAUGUGGAUGUAAAAACAUUUAUUUCUGUGAAUGAAUCUUCCAUGAUGGUGAAAAUGAACCAAGCAAGAAUGAGCCAAAUUUUAGUGAAUUUAUUAACAAAUGCGGUUAAGGCUUCACACAAGAAUAGUUCAGUAGAGCUUCAUUGCAAUAUCAUUCCAAAUCCUCUCAAGAAUCAACAAUUUCCUGAAAAAACAUGGUUUGAAUUUAAAGUUGUUGAUUAUGGUGUUGGUAUACCGAAAGAUAAACAACAAUACAUUUUUCAACCAUUUGGACAAUUGCAUAAUUUGAAUGAAAGUAUAUUUCCAGGGAGUGGACUAGGUUUGAGUACCAUUAAGAAUAUUGUGAAAUCAAUGGGUGGACAAAUUGAAUUAUAUUCUAAAGAAAAUGAAGGAAGUACUUUUAUUGUGAAAAUUCCAAUUCAAAUUUGUGAAAAUUCAACUCCAGUGAUUUCUGCUCACGAAUCACCUAUAGAUGAAGAGUCUAAUCAAGACAUGUCUAUCAAGAAACAAAUUGAUAUCCAAAGUAAUUAUUUAGAUCAAUUUCAAAGAGCUCAAAAUUAUACAAGAAAUACAGAAUUCACACAACAUGAUACCUCUCUCUCAGAAAACAAUAUUAUUCUCGCUGAAGAUAAUGCUAUCAAUAGAAAAGUUAUUUCCAAGAUGAUGCAAAGUUUAGGAUUCAAUGUGGAUGUUGUUAAUGAUGGAAAGGAAUUGAUUGAAAAAGUUGAUCCACAACGACACAAACUUGUGAUUACAGAUAUGCACAUGCCAUUCCUUAAUGGUUUAGAAGCAUCAAAAAUUAUUAAACAAAAAUAUAAGGAUAUUAAGAUUAUCAUGCUCACAGCAGAUGCGUUAACCAAUGAAGCUAAAUAUGCUGCUGUUGUAGAUGCUGUCAUUUGUAAACCAUGUAAACGGUCCGAUCUGAAACACAAUAUUGAAAGUUUGUUUAAGAAUUAA